AUGUAUCAGGCCCAUCCUAAGGAGAUCUCAUGCCGCCAGCUCAUCAAUGACACCGCGGCGCCCCCCGUCGGCAAUGAAUCACUGGUUUGGCUUCCAAAUCAAUCUGAUGAGGACAUCUUGCGGGAUGUGAAGACUUUUCGGAGCGAGCCAUCGACUGAAUGCAAUUCCUCCGGAUGUUUUGGCUCAUGGCAACUCACAAUCCCACAUUUCGAUCGUUCUAGUACGCAAACAGAACAAAUCAAACAUUUCAAGAAGAGCUUCAGCAAAUCAAAAUUGGAUAAAAAGAUCGUACUUGUCCACCGAGCGUUAAAAAAUCUUGUGGAAGCGUUCGACUUGCGCUGGGAAGAUCGAAUCUGGUGGUCCCAAGUCAUCGCCUCCAAAAUGGAUGGAUAUCGGGGACUCGAAAUGACUCAAACCACAAUGCUCUAUGGCUUUUACACUCUGCUUCUGCAGCAUUACGAAAAUCAGCAUUUCUGCGCGCAAAUUGGGGCCAUGGUGCAGAGCAUUAUGACAAAGUUAAGGAAACGACCGAGUACAGCCCAAUGGAAGCAAGAAUGGGCGCAAGAGCUUCUUCACCCCGAGAAAGGUCUCAGUGAGAAUUUUCUCAAUUGGAAUGGGCUAUCAAAGCUGAUACGCGAUGAACCGAGGUUGAAGGACAUAGUACGGAGAAUAAGUGAUGAGGAUCAAGAAUUUAUUAAAAUCGCAGAUGACCUGGUCAGAAUCAGCAAUGCGCUCUUCUGGGUUAAACCACCAAAUAACGUAUCUGCUCAGACCAGAGUAGCCGCGAUAGCUCUACUCAAUCAUCUGCUGAUGGCGGGAAACAAGGAUAGUAAAAGUAAAGCCGCCCAAUUCUUAUCUAAACUCGUCCAGGAACCCAACAAGACCUCCUACACCCAGGAACCCAACGAGACCUCCCACACCCAGGAACCCAACGAGACCUCCUACAGAUUAUUCAAUUAUGAAAGAAAGCUAGUAGAAAAGGUGCUGAAGGAUUUCUACGACAAAGAUAUCGCGGCGGAUGAGGAAAGAAAGGGACACGUUGCUGGUGUGUCCUGGUGA